AUGUCGGAUCUGCUGAUUUCGAACGAAUCGUUCGCGUUUGCUCUCGCCCCAGAUAGCAACAGCCUGUACGAGUCAUCGUACUUGAACAUACGUCUUCGCGUCGCCUGGGGUAGUGUUCUGUUCAACCUGCACGCCGUCGUUCUGCCGAUGUACGAACGCCACACGGCUAAUUACUGCAUCAGCCUCAUCGUCCGCACGUUGGAUGCCAUUGCCCCAAUCUGGCGUGACAAGUUGCUAGGGGUGGGCUCCGUUGGUGAGAACACGAUGACCGGUCGACAUUCGGGAGUCGUCACUCAGCUCGUGGCCAUGGCCACGUACCCGACGGUGCGUGCCCCACCAAGGCGACCUGAUCAUGAAGAAGGCCGCCGCUGCUGUCAUGGACCAGACCUGGAUAAAGGUCGCCUACGCUUUCUCUGUCUACCUGCGCGACCAAGCAUCGCCAAGGUGCGUACCGGUGUCUUCAUCCACAAGGUCCUGAACCCGUAUCGCGAUCGUCUCCAUCAGUGCUGGUCGCCAGCCAAGGUCGAACAGAUCGAAGAAGAGCACAAGAUGCUGUUCACGGCAUAUCGCGAUGACACCAAUUUCCGAGCGAAGUUGGACAAGCAUACGCAUAUGACCGGCUUCAACGCCGGCUGGAGCGACAUUGACAACAACGGUCGAAAGUUAGCGACUAUUCGCUCUUUCAUGGCCAACCUGGCGGUCGUCUUCGCCAACACCGCUUCGGUCGAGGGCGACUUCAGCAUUUUGAAGGGUGAGAAGGACGAGUUCCGCACCAGCCUGGGCCACCUGGCGCUGGAAGGCAUAUUCCAAGCCAAGCAAUUCGAGCAGAUCCGGAAACAGUACUCCUUGCUGCUCCCGUCAGCCAGCGCAUAA